AGAAAGAAUUCCUCCGUUUCCUUAGAUGAAUGAAAGAUACUCACAGAGUCCUGGUCCUGGAGUCGUCCUCCCCCUCGAUGAACCUCCAACAAGGAUUAAACCUGCAGUCGCUGAUCGCUUGCCAGAACUACAACCCCCAGGAUGCAGUUCACCCGGCAGCUUCCGCGUGUAGUCGUGGAAUGACAGCAAUGGAGGAGAAAACUGUGAAGGCGAUAUUAUUUGACCUGGACAACACACUCAUUGAAACGAGUCGGGCAGGAGCAGUGGCGAUACAAAAGACCAGUGAACUUUUGAAGACCACAUUAGGCCUUGAUGAUAAAACCACCAGCAGCAUUUGUGACAAGUUCAAGCACAAGCUUUUCCAUGAGAGUUUUGACCCAGCUGCAGGCAGAUCCAUAGACGAUGUCCGAGUGGGUCACUGGGAGGAGAGCAUCCAGGAGACUCUGGGCGGUAGUUCGACUCCAUCUCUGGCAGCUCAGUGCUACACCCUGUGGAAAAGCAGCCGCCUGGAGCUCCUCAGCCUGUCCCCUCAGAUCUGCGACCUCCUGAAAAACCUGCACCGCCGAUACAAGCUGCUGCUGCUGACCAACGGGGAGGCUCAGACCCAGAGAGAGAAGGUUGACGCCGUCGGAUGUGAGGAGUUCUUUGACGCCGUCGUGAUCGGGGGAGAGCAUCCAGAGCAGAAACCAUACAUCUCCAUCUUCACAUUGUGUUUCCAGAAGCUGGAGGUGGAGGCCCAGGACUGCAUCAUGGUCGGAGACUCUCUGGACACAGAUAUCCAGGGGGGGUUUAACGCCAGAGUGCGGGCCACGGUUUGGAUCAGCGGUGCAGGAGGUGCUGUGCCGGACGGUUCAGUGAAACCAGACUACACCAUCCCCACUGUGCUGGACCUCCCACAGGUUCUGGAGCAGCUGAAAUAAGGACAACUGGUGACUGAAACCAUGUGGACAUGUUUAACUCUGGGUACGUUUAAAGAUGAAUGUCACAUGGAGGUGUGGGACAGGUGUGGGGCAGGUGUGGGGCAGGUGUGGGGCACUCAGGUAUCAACUAUUUAUUCACACAGUGGUGCAGAGUAACACACUACAUUUACUCAUGUUACUGUACUUAAAUAUAAUUUUGUGUAGACCUUUUUAUUGAAGAGGAAGAUCUUUUUUGUUUAACCAGAAACACUAUAUAUCACUACCAGACUCCAUUGACAAAAGCAUGAAUUUUACUGUGCAGAACACAGGAGCUGCUGGAAUACCACAGGUAGUUUGUUUGCUUUAUUGUGUUGUAGCUUUACUUACAUAAAGUAUCUGAAUACUUCUUCCAUCACUGAAAGUCACACAAUAACACAAACAAACUAACAGAUAGAGGCAGUGGUAUUCCAGCAGCUCUUGUGUUCUGCUUGGUAAAAAUCAGUGUUUUUGUCAAUGGAGUCUGGUAUUGAUAUUUAGUGACGUUUCUGGUUAAACAAAAAGGAUCUUACUCUUUAAUUAAAAGCUCUGUCUCUGUAGUAUUCCUAUCCAUGAGGUUGUCAGGCACUAUUAAUACUACUACUACUACUACACUAAUAUCAGUCUGAACCUGUCAGCUUAAAAAAUACAAUAGACUGUUUUGGUAGUUUAAGCACUUAAGUCAUUUUACUUGGGAUUUUAAAGCAGAACUUUUACUUGUAAUGGAAUAUGGAGUACUUCUCUUAAAUAAUGGAUCAGAAUACUUUUUUCACAACUGUUCACACAUAAGAAUCAGCAUGAGAACAGUGGUACAGAACAUAAUUUUUAUUCAACACUAAGAAUGACUGUACAAAAAAGGCCUUUGGGUUAUUUUUACACACCUCCACAGAACACGUCAAUACAUUCAUUCCAUCCUUUUCAGUCAUUUCCUCAAAGUCUUAGAUAAUAAAACACUUUUCAGACUUUUCACUCA